UUGUCAAUUCUUAACUUUUGUGAUUUCUUCGCGAUUAGGCAGUGAAAAAGUUCGAUUAUUUAAUUUUCUUUCGUACAAUCGCCAGCAAACAUUAAAAAUCCGAAAUAAGUUUCAUUAUCGAACAGAAAUCUUAAAUUUUGUUUUCUUUUGCAUAUAAGAAUUAUGGAAAACUAAUUGGUGUGGUAAUAAAAAAGUGCCAGAGAAAAAAAUCGAAGGCGAAAACUUUCUUUUAUAUGUAUUAAAAACGGCGAAAGCAGCAGCUGUUAAAAUUAGUGUGCAUUCUAAAUUUACCACGUCCGUCAGGCUGUCGCCGGAUAGAAGCGGUGGAUUCACAACUAGUGGGCGUUUCGUCAUCAACGUCAGUUAACGCUACCACUACCCACCGUCCCCGCGUAACGCAUGACUCGUAGCCCACUUCGGGUGGAUGCGCAAUUCAUAUUGCAAUAGCGAGUCCCAACUCAAUAUCAACGUGUAAUUUUUUACUACCUGUCGUGCAGCAUCCGCAAACGUUCCAUACUUGCGGUCGACAGCACAACCACCUUGGCGUGGUCAACCAAUUUUCGACAACAUGAAGAAAAUAUUUUCAAAAUUCGAUAAAAAUGAAAAACUGGAUAAUUCGCACAAUUACUCCACGUCGAAGGAGACCAACAGUUUCGUUGGAAAAGUGUUUACGGUGGGACGUGUGAGUGUUACCGUCGAAGAUGUAUUGGCCGAAGGUGGUUUUGCCAUGGUCUUCCUCGCUAAAGCCAACACAGGCAAUACAAAAUAUGCGCUCAAGCGUAUGUAUGUGAAUAACGAGCACGACUUGAACGUGGCCAAAAGGGAAAUUCAGAUUGCUAGCAAUCUGAGUGGUCAUAAGAAUAUUAUAGGCUAUGUGGACUCAAGCAUUACGCACGCUGGCAACGGUGUCUGCGAAGUACUAUUGCUCAUGCCCUACUGCAAGCAGCACAUGCUGGCCAUGAUGAAUGCACGUUUGCAAGUUGGCUUCAAUGAGCAGGAAGUUCUCACCAUAUUCUGUGAUAUUUCAGAGGCAGUGUCACGUUUACACUACUGUCAGACGCCCAUCAUCCAUAGAGAUUUGAAAGUAGAGAAUAUACUACAAAAUGAUGCUGGUAAUUUUGUACUUUGCGAUUUUGGCUCAGCCACCGCAAAAAUACUAAAUCCGCAGCAACAUGGCGUCACUCUCGUCGAAGAGGAAAUACAAAAAUACACAACACUAUCGUAUCGUGCGCCCGAAAUGAUCGAUCUGUAUUCGGGUAAAAGCAUUACGACUAAGGCGGAUAUUUGGGCACUGGGUUGUAUGCUCUAUAAAUUGUGCUUCUUCAAUUUGCCCUUCGGCGAAAGUACGUUGGCCAUACAAAAUGGUCAAUUUUCCAUACCAGAUAAUUCCAAAUACUCUAAAGGCAUGCAUCAAUUGAUUAAAUAUAUGCUUGAGCCCGAUAUGGAUAAACGACCGAAUAUCUGGCAAGUGUGCGAGGUGGCAUUCCGAUUGGCUGGCAAGGAGAAUCCAGUACAAAAUUUGCACAAAUCUCCACCACCAAACUACGACCAACUCGUCGUACCACCGUACGAGUCCGAAGCGAAACGCAUUUCUGCCGCCGUAGCCGCCUCAAAAACUUCUAAACCGCAAAGUGUACCCAUUAUGGAGUCGGGCACAAGUGUGGCGCCACGUCAACGUCCUAAAGGCUCCUCCGCGGUGCAUGGUCCAAAUCCGCUCGGUCUUGGCUUGCCUCCAAGUCCAUCGCCGCGUAAUAAUAUAACAUCGCCACAACCACAACAACCAGUGGUUGAACAAUUUCAAGCGAAUUUUCCACAAUUGGCGCCACCAGUUGUGCCGCCACCUCCAACACCACAAACAGCAACAGCAGUGUCUGCUUCCGGCGCUGCCAACAUUACGACCGCACCCGCACCUGCACCUGCACCUGCCGCCGUGGUAGCUGCAACACCCACUGCUGCAGCAACACCAUCAGUACCAGCACCAACAACACUAACACAAUCGCAAACUGUGAGCCAAGUUAGCAGCAGCACUGUUUCUUCUGGCGCUGCUGCUGCCGCCGCUACAAUUGUGACACAACAGCCGCCACCCGAGGUAUUGAAUAGCCUCUUCGAGUCGUCCGUAUAUCCAGAUCCAUUUAGUGAGAAUGCACCAUCGUCGGUGUCGUUGAAGAAUACUACUGCAUUGGAUACGGUGGCCUGCAGCAGUGGUGUUGGUGUUGGUGUUGGCGUUGGCAUAGGAGACGGUUUGGAUAAUAUAGCAGCGAGUAGUUUAUCAGCACAUCAAGCAAUCGGCAGUACGCCGCCCACAAAGAGUAGUAUGCUGACCGUUUCGUCGGGCAUGGGAUCGAGUGUGAGCGUGAGUGGUGGUAGCUCUGGACAUCGACGCAAUGUUAGCGAUACGUCAGCUUUUAAUAAAACCUUCGCCAAUGAGACUUCACAAUUUUUGGCGCCCUAUGAUCAUUCAGUUAAAAGUCGUGCGCCCCAUUCCAGUGAUGCCAGUGGCGGCGGCGGUGGCGCUGGUGGUGACGACAGUCUGCUGGUCAAUGCAAUGGCCAAUUCCGGCACGAAUUAUGGUGGCUCAAAUCCGGGACUCUUUCUACCAGCAACACAAUCGCUGCAUAUGCAAGGACAAGGUGCCGCCGUCAUGUCGGCAUCCAUAUCGAAUGCUGAACUGACAAGCGCUCAAGUGUUGCGUUGCAACAUGGACACCAGCUGUAGCAGUCAAGCCGUGCCAAGCGCCAAUGUCGCCGUAGAUGGCGCAGGCACCACAAAUCAAGCCAGAGCCAGUGGCACUGGCAGUUCAAUGGAGCAACGUAUUGAGGCAUGGAAUCCAUUUGAAGAGCAACCAUUCGGACAAAUGACCGAAGAUCAUAUAUUCGAAGCAGAAUUUGAUAAGAUACGACAACGUGGCAGUCAAGGAAGCAUUACUGCAAAGUCCGCAUCUACCACUUCCACUUUAACACCGACUGAAGGUUAUGGCGUGGCUAUGCCGGCACCGCCACUGCCGCAACAGCAGCAAGCACAACCGCCCACAUUUGGCCAAACAGGCGCUGUCGCUAGCGCGGUUACAGUUGGUGCUGGUGGGGGUGGCGUUGGC